GGUAGUACUCUACAUUAGGACGACUGACGAUAUCAAAACUAGAGUCAAGUCAUCUGAGAAGAAGACGCUUAAAAGUCAUCAUGAGUAUUAGCCAUUGAGGUAUCGAGAACUGUCGUAUCCUUGUCAAAUCUCACCCUUCUGCUUUCUGGGUUAAAUCGUGCUUUGUGCUUGUGGCUUUGAUACGAGAAGGAAGCUCGUUCCAUUUAAUAUCCCAUAAACCUCAUGAAAAGUGAAAUACUUUCAUAGUGCAUAAGGCGUGUGGGUUUUUUAUCAAAAACUCCUGAAAAUCUGCAGGGUCUCAUGUCUGCUCAAAAAUGAAUAAAAAUAGCAAUUUUCGAAAUGUUCUUGAAACAACGACAGUGUUUUGGUUCUACGUAAUACUGGUUUUAUUAAGUGGGACAGUAAACACAAUUGAAGGGGAACAAUUGCCUCCGCCUUCGGCUAGAAUUGUGCUUAUCAAUUCGGAUUCUGGCCGAGCAGUAAGAGGAGUCACCGAUAAAGUGAAUCACGAAGUUAUACUCACAGUGCCCACAGCUUAUCGACAAGCUUACCUAUUUGAGUGCAAUGCAUCAUACCCUGUGGAAUGGAACUAUUUUGGAGAAGGGGCCCCAACAACAAAUGCUGACGUCGGGCGACAUUUUACGGACUUUUACAAUGUGAAUAGCUAUACAUAUCAAGCAGUUCUGUUCUUGCCGUUCUUGGAUGAAUUGCAAUCUGGACGCUAUGUGUGCCGUGGAACUCAUUCCGAGCAAGAAAAGCUACAAAUCCAUUACGAUUUGUUUGUCCCAGGAAAUGGGACGCACAUGCUGAUAUCAAAUGCAGAAAAGAAAGUAUUUGUGGCAGAAUCAAAGUUGAUGACGUCACUUCCAUGUGAAGUUACCGAUCCUUCAGUCACCGUUAAUCUGUUCAAGGAAAAUGCUUGGGGAGCGUUUUUAAAACUGGAAAUGAACGACUCCAUCAUCUUCCGACCUCGUAAAGGAUUUAUACUCAAGAUGCACGAACUUCCCGAUCCUUUCGGAACAUACAUGUGCAUUACACCCGAUAAUAAACGUCGCAGAAAAAUUCACUUGAUUCCUGAGAGAUUUCGUGAGAAAUACGAUGACGCGCACAUCGUUGGUGGCGAUGAUAACCACAAAAUUCACCUCUCAUACGACUACGAGUACAACCGGAUGCUCUGCUGCAACACUGCUGGAAACAAUGCACUUGCACCAAAGCUUCAGUGGGCUGACUGCGGUUCAGUUUUGGAUUGCAAAAUAAAGAGCGUCUGCUUUGAGGAGGACCGGUGUGGGGAUAUUCGUCAUAGGUGGGCGGAUCCAGGCCCACUUCCAAGGGGCUGUGCAGGCUGGAAGCUGAAUGAUGGAUCCGAAGGGGACCAUGGAAUUCUCAAAUGUUCGACCCCUGCCGUUACGCAGUAUCAACCCUUUUUGUUAAACAGGGGCAAUAUUUUUGUGGAUUUUGAAGCAGCUCCACCCUCAGAAUCUAUUCUGACUAUGGCGAAAUUUUCCCCUGACCAGAUAUAUUUAGGCAGUGAAGUCGAAUAUCUAUGCAACAGCACAAGGUUUUAUUUUUCGUUCGGAAUUCGUUGGGCUUUCAAACGUGGAAAUGAUGAUAUUGAGUUCAUUGGAGAAUCUUCGUCCUAUAUUGUGAAGGAUGAGUACCCUGUGAUGUCUCACAUGCGGAGAACAAAGUUCAGGAUCUUACACCCUGAUAUCAAAGCAAUCAUUUGCUUCGUUCCAACCACUUCUGCGACUGAAUGGCGAACAGUAUCACUACCAAUUUCAAUCAGAGAGCCCUUCCAAGCGCCACCAAUAUCGCUCAUUAAUAGCAUCCACACCCAGCGACCGUCUUUGGAAUUUCUCAACAAUCGAAUCCCCUAUCCCUCCGCCUCUCAUCCUGGGUCUGUGAUUGAGCCUUACAGCACAAGUAGACCAACCAUACUUCACAAAAGUCAUUACUCCAUGGAAGUUGAUCCCACACCUAGUAUCGACAUUGAUGAAAUCAUGUCGUUAGGAGGAGAUAAACCAAUGGGACAAGAUGUCUCAAAAUUGGGCUCAUUUUCUCCUCAUCCUCUAUACAGCAAUAAUGCAGAAAAUAAGGAACAUUCCCCACUAGCAUAUCCACCUCGACUGCCGUCAAUUGACCAUCCUCCAUCUAAAACCAUUUCACGCCAGCAACUAAACAGCCAAAGAUAUCCUCCACAGUCCACUCAUAAUCUUGCUCAUACUAGAUUUCCGCCUGUUCUCCUUCCUACUAUAACUCCAGAACCUAUAAAGGUCUCAAGCCCUUCUCAACCGGAAAUAAUAACUCUGGAUAAUAUUAAAAACUACAAGACGGAAAAAUAUAACUUUCCCUCACAAGCGGAAAUUCACGAGGCAAACAUGCGGCAUCGCUACAAGCUACAAAUGCACCAAGAGGGGAAUAUCCCAUACACAACAACGACUCAAAAGACGGUAUGGACAACAACCACUCCGACAACCACUGUCGCCCCACUUUCUCGCUACCAAAGUAUUGGUGCUCAAAAAUAUUCACAACCCUUUGACCCCUACUAUGGGCACCAUCAUCAUCGGUACGACUUUGACGAAAACAACAGCAAAAGGGAUGAGAUUCCCAGAUAUCAAUCUGAUUUCAACCAGCAUAAAGAGUACAAGGUUUCCACAAAGUUGGAUAUGAGCCCCCAAACAUCAAGCUCAAUGGAAAUGGAAAGAAGGCAUUCUAAUGGCGGAAUAAUUUCCCACUCUGGCGAUGAUGAAUAUCGAAAUCUUUACAAGCACCAUCACCACCAAUCCCACUCAACGCCACGCACAACCCAACGACCUAUCCACUACUUUAGUGACAAUCUGCCGUCAACAUCUGAAAACGAAAGUCUAGAAACUUUUGGAGCUCCGACCCCAGUGCACAUACCUCAACACCAACGCCAGCCGGUUAUUCACUUUGACUCUCGUGAAAAACAGUAUGGUCUCAAGGAUCCGCUUAUCCCAAAUUUUUCAAACAAGUUGAACAUGAAGGGGAAAAAGUCAUCGAUUGAGACUGACCAUUCUACCGAAGAGAAUCAUGCUCAUGUUCAUGCAGCAAAUUACCAGCCCACGCCAACAACUUGGGAUCGCAGUUACCACGCAAGUAGUGAUGAUUCGAAGCUAUUAAAAUCUCCGGGAGAAAGUCAUCUGGGAAUGGAUGAUCUCGAUGAUUCAGGUCAAUAUUCUUCGGAUGAUUAUUAUCUGAGUUCUUUAAUGUCGAGACGAAAAUCUCAGUCGCCCCAUCAUAAGAGCACAAAUAAAGCUUAUCGGAAUAAGGGUAGUAGCAGUUCUAGUAGUAGUAGUAGUAAUAGUCAGAAGGGAAGUAGGUCCAGUCUUCGGCAGAAUGAGGAGCCCUUGGAUCGAAGUAGAUACUCAUCAGGGUCAGAUUAUGAGGGGGAAAGGGAUAAGUAUUACUAUCAUAGAUAUGCUGAUUCGAAGGGGGCAAAGAAAAUUGAUCCGGGUGCUCAGCAAGUGGUAACAAGUCAUUCACUACCAACCACACUAAUCGGACCUCAGCAACUGAAUACAUUUGGAGAAUCGUCGAAAAGUGCAAGAAGAAGCGGAUAUCACUCAGAAACUGGGGAUUUUGUGGAAAUGAAAUAGUAUUUUAAUAUUUUAUUUAUUUAUUUUUAUAAAAGUACUACCAAUAUGUUCAUUAUUUGUAAUAAAGGCAUUGUACAAGGAACCACAUAACAAUUAACAUGUAUGUAAAUAUGGAAAUGUUGAGAUUACAAUAGAAGUAAACACGUAAUGAGUACGCCAAAUGUCUAUACAUCUUCCAAUAAUAAAUAAGUAGUAAUACUGAAAAAAA